UCAGUUACCACAAUUGAUUGCUUUCUUGUUGCUAAUUGUAUUUAAAAUAGACUGAAGGAGGAGUAUUAAUUUAUUUAUGGAUACAGUACAUUAACAAGGUUGCUAUAGUUCCUUACAGCCAAUUAGAUGUAUUUAAAAUGGUGCAUUUUAGCUUGCAGUACUUCCAUGGUCAUCAUCCCAUGUGAUGUUCUGCCUUUUUUUAAUUAUUAUUAUAGUUCACUUAGGGAGCUUUUCAACUUCUCUUUGAUCAUUUUACCAUCAUUCUCAGGGCAUAAAUACAUAAGCUUUUAGAAUGUUAGUCUGUUAUUGAUCACAUAUUUUGCACUCAGUUCUAAUUAGGUGCCUGGUUAAAAUACUGAGAUAGUUACGUUUUAUCACAUAAUGCUCAACACAAUUUUAAGUCUUGGAGUUACUGUCUUGUCUCUGUGAGGCUGGUGGACCAGAUUGGUGCAUUUUACUUUCUCUUCUUCUUCUUUGUGUGUGUAUGUGUUUUUAAUGUUUAAAUUUAGCUAUUGUACUUCUUUGUGAACUCUUAAUUCAAAACUGUACUGGCAUCAAUUUCUAUAUUUGGUAAAGCCUUGUAGUUUUGCAGGUUAUCUGUGCAUACCCUUUAUUUUUUGUAUGGAACUGUAGUUUGACUAUCUUGUCCUCUUGACUUAAUUUCUAUUUGCGUCAUCCAGCAUCAUUGUAUUUCUAAUAAAGGUAAGAAUUUCAUUCUUUUUGUCAAAAGCUAGUAUUAAGUUUAUAAUUGUUUGAGGCAUAUAUGUCAUUGAGUUUAUAUUGCAGUUAAUUCUUCAAAAUAAAUGAUUCAAUGUUCUAGUCUUAUUAUCUUAUUUUAUAUAGAUUGGAUCCCUAAUCUUUUUGUUUUGAACAGUUAGCUUUGUAAAAGAAAUUGUUCUUAAACUAUUGGCAGACGGGGUGACUGUAUCUGUUACACAUGUGGCUGUGAUUUAUUUGAUUAAGUAUGCUAAAUCUAAUAUACAGUCAUUGGAGGGAUGCUUGGCUAUGCAUAAGUGAUUGCUUUUUCAGCUCUUAACCUAGCUUGCAUUCUCUAAUAGAUUGAUUCUGGCAGCAUUCCUUGGUGCAAGACCAAUAAUAAUAGUUGAUUUCUUUAACUUUGAAAGAUUCAAUGUUAUUUAUGGAUAUUGGUGUUGUGCAUUAUUUUGCUGAUGCAUAUCAGUUGGUUCCCCUUACUGUUACUGCAUUAAUUGUGAAGACCUUUUAUUAUUUGCGGUUCUCUGUAUCUUCAUGUCAUCUUGUUCAUAGACUGCAUAUGAUCAUCAUUGGAUCAACUUUAACAGUGUUCCAUGCUUGCAUUCUCAUAUUCUGCUGACGUUAAUAGUAGUUAUAUCUGCCUUAAUGAGUGCUCAAGUACCAUGUUAUGUUUGUUGUUCAUCAUAUCUGAUCGAUAAACAAUUGGAUUGAUUACGAUAAAUUUGUUGUUGGUUUGUGCUUUUACAAUUUCAAAUCUUGAUCUGUUUUAAUGAACUGAUAACAAUUUGUUCUUCUUAACCCCUUAUGUCAUCUCUGAUAUUUAGCAGUGGGCACAUUUAUAACAUGUUCUACCAACAUUAAAAAGCAGGAUGAUUCCUGAGAAGCUGGCGCGAUAAGGAGGCCUUUCCAUAUGUUGAGGAAUUUGCUGUGGGCAACAUCAAAGCACGAUGUUUACAUGAUGCAGAAUUACUCUAUUAAGCAUUGGUCAUCAUUGCUUCAAAAAAGCACUGAAGUACUCAAUGUAGCUGGGCAAAUUGUACCAAAUCAGGAACACUGUGAAGCCCCAACUCAAGCUGUUUCACGGGUACAAGUCAGCACCAUGGCAGUAAAAGACGACUUGAUUGUUUCUGGUGGUUUCCAUGGGGAGCUUAUCUGUAAGUAUGUGAACCAGCCUGGUGUAGCCUUCUGCACAAAGGUGACCAGUGACGAUAAUGGCAUUACAAACUCGGUGGACAUUUAUGAAAGCACCUGUGGUUCAAGACGGAUAUUGGCCGCUAACAACGACUGUAAUGUGAGGAUUUUUGAUAUUGAGAAUUUCACCCUUCUCAACUGUUUUCCUUUCUCUUGGUCUGUGAAUUGUUCUAUUGCCAGCCCAGAUGGGAAGUACCUUGCUGUUCUUGGUGACAGUGUAGACUGCUUAAUGGCUGAAGCUCACUCUGGAAAGGUUAUUGGUGCUCUAAAAGGCCACCUAGACUACUGCUUCGCAUCCGCCUGGCACCCUGAUGGCAAUAUCUUGGCUACUGGUAGUCAAGACAUGACUUGCAGGCUGUGGGACAUCCGAAACCUCUCAGAGUCAAUGUCUGUCCUCAAAGGAAGAAUGGGUGCUAUACGGGGCAUUAAGUUCUCCAGCGAUGGCCGCUUUCUGGCCAUUGCUGAACCUGCUGAUUUCGUUCACGUUUAUGAUGUUUCAGCAGACUACAAUAAAGCUCAGGAGAUCGAUCUGUUUGGGGAGAUAGCCGGCUUAUCUUUCAGUCCUGACACUGAGGCCCUUUUCAUCGGCAUUGCAGACCGCACAUAUGGCAGCUUGUUAGAGUUCAAAAGAAGACACCAUUAUCAUUACCUGAACUCAUUUAUGUGAUCAUUUGUGCAUCCCUUGGGUUUAGUUUAAUAAGUUUUGCAGUGAUAAUCAAGGUUGAAAUUGUUUUUUUUCAACAGGUGUUGUAUUUGUUCCUGUUUUUGUUCUAUUUUCUGUAAAUAGGUUGUGAAUUGAAGGAUUAUAUUUCCUCAGUUUUAUUGUGAAGCCAAAGGUAUCUUGUUCAGCA